GAGAACGAAAAGCAUUGCGGAGCCAGCAAGGUGCAGGAAUUGUAGGAACAUGUGGGACCAACACCACAACAGAGCAGAGGAGGAUUUGAUUUGGUCAAUUCGUCCUCGUUUGCAUGGAACAGAUUCUUUUCCAUGACAGCGAUCCUGCACAGUAUAAAGCCCUGCAUGCUAAAACUCGGACAUGUAGCAGGAUCAAUUUCACCUUGGCUGGAGUCUUCCCAUCGUCUUUGCUGCAUUCGUAGGGUUUCGUUAAAUAAUGCAUUUAACCUUCCGCCGAACAUAGAGUUCUACAGUAUGUCAUAGCACUCAUCACACUUGUGGAGCGAAUUUCUUCUUCCCCUUCAAUGUUUCCGUUCUUGCAUUGAUAGCCGACAUCGGAUUGUCUCCUUAGGUUGCACUUUUUGAGGUGGUAUGUGGGGAAGGCAUCCCGCUUCGAUGGUGAGGCCCAUCAGCGACAAAUUGUCUGUCUUAUUUCUAAAUGACGUGAUUUGUUUCUACUUGAAAAGGUAGCGGAAUAUCGGAACGGGAUUGUAUUGCUAAAGGAGACGAGGGGUAUAAAAGUAAUGAUUCUAUAUUCCAGUUUGUGCUGCAUCCGAGAGCACUGUACGGUGAAGUUGAUUGAUGCGGAAGCAAUUUCGCGCGGGGGUUAUUUUUGUACUAGAACACUUCAAUUUAUGAAAAGUGGGCGGUAACCAUUAUUCAGACACGUUCAAGAACACCGCGGACAAAUGAAGAUUGUCAAUGCGCAACCCUUUCAACCAUGUAUGUCAGACGUGGGACGGGGUACUUUCGGUGUUAAUCAUAGCGUAUCUUGGAAACCAUCAACUUGUUUCUUCCACAUCGUUCUCCGGAUUUUCGUGCUCCGGUGAUGCCGAUGGUGGAGAGAAUGGAGACAUAACUAAGGACACAGGGCUGCCAUGGAGCACUUCCGGGACAAAAGGUGGCAAUCAAGAAACACCUCAUGAGCUCCACUACCCCCCAAGAAUCUCGUGAGUUUCAGGCACAGGAAUUGCAAAACCAAAUCGUGGACGUUCACAAGUAAUCAAGAAGCUUAAGAGCUAGCAAGCAAUUUCUGUGAAUUUUUUUUCAUUUUUACUUUAAUCACAAACAUGGUGUGAAUCCCAUUUCAACUCCACGCACUGCACUCCAUUGUACUCUACGCCUCUAGGCAUUCUACCAGCAAUAUUCUUCGAAUGCUUUCAGCGGUUACCUUCUCCUUCUACCUCCCUACGUACUUUAUCCAAGUGCGGUCCUACUUUUUGAGACCCAGUAAACCAGCUCCAACGCAUGAAAGAUAUCUUAGAUACUAUCAGACAUAUUUAAGAUUGAGAUACUAUUGGGACCUAGAUGUUUUGUUUCAUCCUUGUAGGGUUCUUCCCAUCCUUUUUCGCUUUUUACUUUGGCCCCCAUUCAUCUCAUAAGUGAUGGAUAGAGUAGUCGCAGGAAACUUGGAGGACAUCCAAACUGAUUCGGCUCAUAGGAAAAGCGGAGUACACGAAUUUGAAGAGUGGAGAAGGAACGAU